AUGACCUCCGAAGAGAUAAUUCAACGAAAAGCUUUGGGAAAAGCUGCUGAAAUUGGAUUUCUCUACGAUGCUACGAGAGAUAUUUUUUGUGGAUCUUCUAUAUUUAAAACAGAACCACCAUCUAAUAUUAUAAGAACACUAGAUACUCCUCAUACGGACCUAAAGUAUGAAUAUGAAGAUUCAUACAAAGAAAAAUUUAGUAUGUUAGAUGUUGAAGCUCAAUUAAAAAUAAGUGUUCUUUCGGGCUUAUCUCCUUUGGAGGGAUCGGGAAAGUAUCUGGGAGAUAUGAAAAAUGAAUCUAAAUCUGUAAAAGGUUCUUUAAUGUAUAAAUUGAUAUCAGUAGAAGAAAAUUUGAAUAUUAAUCAUGAUGAUAUUAUUACGUAUAUUUCCGAGAACACACUUAAUGUACCAGGUGCUACACAUGUUGUUACAGGAAUUAAAUGGGGAAGCACUGUGAUUGCAUCAUUUGAAUAUGGAAAAACAAACGAAAAAGAUAUGUCACAAGUCAAAGGAGUUCUUAAGGCUAACCUUGAAAUGCUUUCGCCAUAUAUUCCUAUCCCUCAAGGGACCGGAGAUGUUCAUAAUGUUAAAAAAGAACAAACUGAUAUUAAGGAUCGAUUUUCUAUAAAAAUUUUUGGAGAUAUUAUUCCUGAUGAUAAAGUCCUUCCUCAAUCCUUUGAUGAAGCAAAAAAAAUAAUGGCCGAAUUACCAUCAUAUGCUAAAAAAUAUAAUCACGGAAAAGGUGUUCCGGUUGAACUUAAACUUUAUCCAUUGUCUAAACUUGCAAAGCAGCUUAAGCAAGAUAUCACUAUUAGUUGUAUGAUAACAGAAUUGAAUGAAGAAACAAUUUUAAAAGUAGAACAAACUUUUGAUGAAAUUGAAAACCAUGUGCAGCAUGUUGAAAUAGAGGAGACAAUUAUCAGAAAAGAACUUGCAGAUUGUCUUGUUGAAGUACGUUCUGGUAAAUGUAACAUUAAUGAGAUUGAGAAAAAAAUAUCUAAAUUUCAGGAAAGCAUUUUAUCCAAAGAAUCUAUUUCUGCAUUUAUUAAAAAAUACAAAAAUGUACAAGAAAAAGUCAACUUAAUCUUCAAUUUGAAGACAAAAAAUGUAGAGUACGUUAAAAAAGACGCAACAAUUGACUACAUUAUACAGAUGUAUCAGGACUACGAAGUCUACAUUCUUCUUGAUAAUGAUGAAUAUAUUGUUGGUGGUAAUUCAUCACCAGAAUAUACUAAAUUUCAAGACUUAUUUAAAAAUUCAAAUGAUAUUUCUUGCAAAUUUUUAAUAGCAGAGCUUAAAAUAUGUACGAGAAUAAAAGGGCCUGGUUAUCCAAUUAUUCAUCAUUACAUCAAGGGAAAGCCAGCACAUGAUAGCUAUAGUUUUGUUGAUGAGGAAAUAACCAUAUUGUUGCUUGGUGAAGUCGGAGUAGGGAAAUCUACAUUUAUUAAUGCUUUUGCGAAUUAUUUUACAUUUGAUUCGUUAGAUGAUGCAAAGUCUAAAGAAAGAAUUUUGAUUCCGUCUGAAUUCAUAAUAACAGACAGCCAUGACAAAAAAGCUAAAUUCAUAAAAAUAGGUGAAAAUGAUCAGAACGAACAAUUUAAAAACAAAGAAAUAUCAGCUACUAAGAGUUGUAAAAGUUACGUGUUCCAUGCGGCUAAUAAAGUAAUAAGAUUGAUAGAUACUCCUGGUAUACAUCAAGAUGCAGAGAAUUUUGAAUUUGAAAAUAUCUUGGCACAUAUUUCCCAUUUUCAAUACUUAAAUGGAAUCUGCAUCCUUCUUAAAUCAAACAAUAGCGAACUGACUUUAACAUUAAAUACUGUACUUUUGAUACUUUCACAUUUUUCGAGAAGUGCAAAGGACAAUAUUGUUUUUUGCUUUACUAAUUCUAGAGAAUCGUCAUACCAUCCAGGGAAUACAUUACCACCACUUAAAAAGGAACUUAACAGUCUUUUUCAUAAAUCUGGUAUUGAAAUCAAGGCUCAAAAAGAUACAAUCUAUUGUUUUGAUAAUGAAGCUUUUAGAUUUCUAGCAGCAGCUAAAGAAAAUAUAUCUUUUAAUGAUGAAGAAAAUUUUGCGAUUAGUUGGAAAAAUUCAGUACGUGAAUCCAUUCGACUUGCACAAUUUUUUACAAGUCGUCCACCCCACAAAGUCGAAGAGACACUAUCAUUUAACGAAGUAAAAUGUAUUAUUGAGCAAGUCUCGAGUAUCGAAGAAAAUUCAGUGCAAUUCAAACAAUCGAUUCGAUUAUCUUUAUACUUGGCAUUGUCUGGAAAGAUCAAUCGAACAAUUUCACACCUAGAAAAGCUAGAAAAUUUCUUUGAAAAAAAGACUAUUGGGGAAUCUAAUAAGUGGGAUGCAGAAAAUCUUAAAAUAUUAGAUGACGUUGCCAAGAAGCUUCACGAAAUUACGAUUAAUAAUUAUUCAAUAACAACAGAAACUUUUUGGUUCUUGAUUUUUUUUAGUGUUUUCGUGCUCGGGUUAUUUUGGUUCUUGGCUAAAGAUAAUAUAUAUAUAUUCCAUGAAACGCCAAAGAAAGAAAUAUUCCAAAAAACGCCAGAGAAAGAAAUGAUUAAGAUUGAAGAAAUGUUAGAUUUAUUUUUAAACCAAAAUUCAAUAGUAUCUAUGAAUGAAAAUUCAGAAUUAAAAUGCUCAGAAACGUUUGAUAAAAAAGGUUCUAAUAUUUUACCUUCAUUAAAUGACAUAGAUGAGCUUGAAGAAAUGUUGAAUAAUCUCAAACAAAAAAACGAACAACAAAAACAAAGAAUUUUAGCCUUAGAAGCCGACGAAACCGACCUAAUCAAACAACUAACUCAACAAUUUACGUUUAGAUAUUUAGAAAAUCAUUAUGAGCUUCCUGAAGAUAAUAUUGCAUUAAAAUCCCUAUUAUUCAACAAGUAA